GUAAAAAUUUGCUAUCGAUGCAGCGCUGGUAUCGAUAGUCGCUGGUCUUCAACCAGAAGACAAAAACAGUUAUUGGGCUGCCAUCUGGUGUGCCUAUGCAAAGACCUCCUUGCGUAUUUUAGUUAUCGAUUAGUGUGAAAGUGCCAAGGCCUCCCAAACUCAACUUUGUUGCCCGGCUGCGAAUUACCUUCAUUGCAGAUUUUCUGAUUUUAACGCGAAUUAACUUGGCAUUAUGGGUAGCCAUAACUCGGACGAUGACAGUGGUUCCUCCGGUUCGAGUCGAAGUGGAAGCCGAAGUGUCACGCCGCAAGGAGGCAGUGCACCCGGAUCCCCACGCAGUCGGAAGUCAGGUAGUGGAAGCGAUCGUUCCCGCUCGGGCUCCAGGUCUUCCCGAUCCCGGUCCGGCUCAGGGUCCCCGCGUAGCGCCAGGUCCGGGUCUGCACAAAGCCGCCACAGCCAGCGGUCUGGUUCCGCUCGUAGUAAGAGAUCAAGAUCUAUUCACAGUCGCAGGUCGGGAUCAGCCCAUAGCCGUAAAUCUGGAACUCCGGGAUCUCCACAAAGUCACAGAUCGGGUUCGCCGCAAAGUCGCAAGUCUGGAUCGCCUCAUAGUCGUAGAUCUGGCUCUCCUCAAAGUCGCAAAUCGGGUUCUCCACACAGCCGCAGAUCAGGAUCUCCUCACACCCAGAGAUCGGGAUCCCCUCGGAGUCGUAAAUCUGGUUCAGCACAAAGUGCCCGCUCUCGAUCCAGGUCUCAUAGCGGUACACACAAGGGUAGUGGCAACGAGGAAUCGCGGUCCAAUUCGCCCAAUUUGCAAAUUGACGAUGAGCGUGCCAAUUCCAAGAGCGGUAGUCGCAGCAGAAGUAGGAGCAGGAGUGGCAGUCGCACUUCCAGAUCGCGCUCCAAGACGGGCACGCCGUCGCCUAAUAGAAGCCGUAGUCGCAGCGGAUCCGGGUCCGGCAGCGAUAUUAGUGUGUCCAAAAAGAAGGCACGCAAGGCGAGUGGCUCUGAUCAAGGGAAGAACAAGAGCGGCAGCGAUAGCGAUAUGGAGGAAUCACCCACCAAAGCUAAGAAAUCACGGCUUAUCGACAGUGACAGCGAGUCUGAUCAGGAUGAGGCCAAGAAAGCUCCGGCUGCAGCUGACAUAUUUGGAGAUGCCGAUGAUAUUAGUGACGAUGAGGAGGAGGCUGGAGCAGCCACCAGAAAAUCCCCGGUACGCUCCAAGAGCCGCAGUCGAAGCAGGUCCCGCUCCCGCAGUCGUUCGAUAAGCCGUUCACGUUCCCGCUCAAGAUCGCGAUCGCGGGAUAAAGUUGAGAGCCAGGUAGAACCGGCGCCCAAGGAGGACGAACCUGAACCGCUUCCGGAGACCCGAAUCGAUGUAGAGAUUCCGCGCAUCUCUGCAGACCUAGGAAAAGAACAACACUUCAUCAAGCUUCCCAACUUUUUGUCAGUGGUCACGCAUCCUUUUGAUCCUGAAACUUACGAAGAUGAGAUUGAUGAAGAGGAGACAAUGGACGAGGAGGGCAGGCAGCGCAUCAAGCUCAAAGUGAGCAACACGAUCCGAUGGCGAGAGUUCAUGGACAACAAGGGCGAUAUGGUGCGCGAGUCUAACGCGCGAUUCGUGCGCUGGUCCGACGGCAGCAUGUCCCUUCAUUUGGGCAACGAGAUCUUCGACGCCUACAGGCAGCCGCUUCUAGGUGACCAUAACCAUCUGUUCGUCCGCCAAGGUACGGGUCUGCAAGGCCAGUCAGUCUUCAGGACCAAGCUCACUUUCCGUCCUCAUUCCACGGAGUCAUUCACGCACAAGAAGAUGACCAUGUCGCUGGCCGAUCGAUCCAGCAAGACCAGUGGUAUUAAGAUCCUGACGCAGGUGGGCAAGGAUCCCACCACGGAUAGGCCCACGCAGCUCAAGGAGGAGGAGGCCAAGCUGCGCCAGGCGAUGCGCAAUCAGCACAAGGCGCAGCCCAAGAAGAAGAAACCGGGCGCGGGGGAACCACUGCUUGGAGGCGGCACCUCGUCUUACCAGCACGACGAUGGCAGCGAUGAUGACAAUGCCAUCAGCUUGAGUGCAAUCAAGAACCGGUACAAGAAGGGUGGCGGUGCCGGCCAGGCAGAGGUGAAGGCAUCCACGAUCUACUCCUCGGAUGAGGACGAGGGCUCCGACUUCGAAGCGCGUCGCAGCAAGAAGGUGGACAAGGCCAAGGCCAGCAAGGCGCUGCGUGACUCCGACAGCGAAUCGGACGCCGGCAGCGUCAAGAGCGGCCACAGUAACAAGGGCGGUGGAGGAGGCAGCCCCAGCGGCAGCGACAAUGAAGGCAGCCAGAAGAGCGGCGGCGGCAGCAGCAAGUCGGGCAGUGGAAGCGGCAGUGGCAGUGGCUCCGGCAGCGGUUCGGGCAGUGACAACGAUGAUUAGGUUUGUCUAGUUCAUUUGCGUUCCUUGAUCACACCAAUAAAAGUCAUUUUCAAUUUUCACGC